GACAUCGAUAUCUGGUUUUGAAAAUUGAUGAGCUUUUAACUGAGUAAGGAAGUCAACAUGAUUCUUUCACCAUUUUGGAAAAGAUGACCUAUACAUGGAGAUGAGCAGGACUAUCGAACUAGGAGUAUAUACAGCGUUACUAAAUGAUGGCUGUCAUAUUUUGUCAAUUCAUAUUUGCAACGCAGUUUAUCUUCCGACUGUUUACACUAUAUUUUGGAUGUACGUAGUCCACAAAUGUGAAAUCGGAUGCAUAUAUACAUAAUCAUAUCAAGGGAUAUUGAUGUAGCCUACUGAGGAGGAAUACACACUAGCUCAAUGAUAUUGGUUGAUUUGGAUAACGCAUAAUCAGAAUCACUAUCACCAUCAUCAUCAAUACAAACACCACAGCCAUCACCACUAGUACUAUUAUACAGGAUCAUCUGCGUUAUCAUUAUUACCAUCAGCAGCAUUGUUAUCUCCAUCAGCAUCAUCAUCACCACCACAACAGUUACCACCACCACCAUCAUCAUCACCAUUACCACCACCACCAUCGUCAUCAUCAUCACCAUCACCACCACCAUCAUAAUCAUCACCAUCACCACUAAAGGCACCACCACCAUCAAACUAAUCAUCACUAUCGUCAAUCAUCAUCAUCAUUAUCAUCAUUAUCAUCAUCAUCAUCACCACCACUGUAAUUUUCACAAAAGCAGUACUAUUUUGAAUCGCUCUUCUCCAUUGUGACUAGCGAUUAUUAAUUUAUUCGAUCCGCCAUCUGAACAACCUAUUUCUCAAUCACGCUGUUUGCAAGGAAUGGAAAAGCCGCGCCAACGAACGAGUGAGCGUGCUCGCACCACGCAUGCGCAUUAUUGCUUUGCACGGAAAACACGGUAAUGGGGAAAGUGGUCGAAAUAAAGAGGAGCAUUUGAAUGAUUGGAGUUAAAGCUGGAAGGUGUGUGCCUGACUGUCUCGCGUCAAACAAACAAUCAGACAAAAAAAAUCUCAAGCCAAUAGCCAGCAGAUCAUUAACCUUAGGGAAACACGUUUGGGAAAUUAUUCGCUUGAAGUGAGUUUCAGCAUUAUGGAUAUGGCUUGGAAGUAGAUCCUGUUCGUGUUUUUAGGACAUGGCUUUUUGCUGACGGUAUCUCACAAGGCUGUCCGAUCCUUCACGAUUGAUAGAAUACCUCGUUCGUGAAGACAAAAUGGAAAGCUGGUGAGUGAUGAGCACAGCAGGAUUUUUUACUCGCCGGAGGUACCUUGUCAACCUGAAUUGUUGAAAUGAUUUCGCAUGUUCAAGCAUGUUACCUUUAUAAACAAUGACUUGCAUACACAUCGAUCUUUCACAGCGGAACGAAUUCGUCAGUUACGUUCUUUGAAUCAGAGCAAACCAUGCUUUUAGUAAACUUUUACAAGAACAAACAAUUUGAAUAACUUUUGUCACAUCCAAGGGAAGUUUUUUCUUUGCAAUAGAUAAAAAAGGAGGAUAUCUGAUCAUUAAUACUACUCAAGGAAGAGCAGAGUUAAAAAGGAGCAUUUUUAAUAUUUUAAAAACCGCAGAGAAGUUCUACCACCCAAAAACAUCUUUUACGACACCCAUCUUGUCGCAACUUCCCUGCAAAUGUUGCCAGGUGAGUUUAUCGCGAGGCAAUAUGAAAUGACCACCAUCCAUGGUUUAGUUACCAUGGGGCGAGAUGCAAACCAAUCAUUCCGUACUUCGAUCUUAACGCAAUCGGCAAUGUCGCUUGCAGGAGUAGAAAUGACCGGGGCGAACACCAAGGAGUUUGACUUUGCAUCCGAAAACUCAUCAAACAAUGCAUCAGAGUUUAAUAUGGGAGAAUUCAGAGGUCCACUUGACGGCCAGAGUUUACCUAGGACUGUCAUCGUGGGCUGCAUCCUAUGUUUCUGCUGCAGCCUUACGAUAUUCGGAAAUAUGCUUGUGAUUGCUGCUGUUUACAGAGAGCGAAACCUUCGGACGGUAACGAAUUAUUUCAUAGUUUCUCUCGCCUUUGCUGAUUUGCUAGUCGGAAGCAUCGUCGUGCCAUUCGCCAUCAUUGACACCUUGACAGCCGGAUACUGGUUCUUUAAUGCAAUUUGGUGUGACCUAUGGCAUGCGUUUGAUGUUCUGGGUUGUACGGCAUCUAUUCUGAACCUUUGUAUCAUUUCUUUGGACCGCUACUGGGCUGUCACACAUCCGAUGAGCUACCCAACCCGAGUUACCAAAAAGAUGGCAGGAUUCCUCAUUGUCCUGGUCUGGCUCGCUUCAGCUGCAAUCUCAUUCCCUUGCAUUCUGGUCUGGCGUGCCGUGGAGCCUCCGCAACCCCCGCAGAAGUGCAUUUUCCCGCAGAACCCUUGGUAUCUAGUGAUAUCCUCAUGUGUAUCUUUCUACCUCCCUAGUUUAAUCAUGAUGUUCACUUACUACAAGAUCUACAGGGCAGCUGUAACCCAAAUGCGCCACAUCCGGUCAGGAACUAAGCUUGUAUCCGCUAAAGCAGCUGAUAAAACCCAUAUGAACGGUGCGGUGUCCCUACGUAUACAUCGAGGAGGAGGCGUUAAGACAACCGGAAGCCCUCUGAGUAACCAACAUUCCAAUAAUAAUUUACACAAUGGACUACCGCCAGAAAUGAGGCCCCUUAACGUGCGACGGGACACCAAAAUCGCACUCACCCAAGCCGCUGGCCGUCGGCUUCUCUCUAGAAUGAACAAAGAACACAAAGCUGCUAAGACUCUGGGUAUAGUCGUCGGUGUCUUCAUCCUCUGCUGGUUGCCUUUCUUCAUCAUCAAUGUCAUGGCGCCAUUUUGUUUUGAGACCUGCAUCUUAGCCCCGGACCUUGUGAUACCCCUCGCUACAUGGCUUGGUUUCAUUAACAGUGCAUUAAACCCCGCAAUCUACGCGUUCACCAGCCGGAACUUCAAGAGAGCGUUUAAGCGAAUCCUAUGCCAAUGUUGCUUGCAGCAGAAAAAGAGGCAGUACAUCGAGGGCCAUUCUGUUAAAGACAGCACCCGUUUCAUGAGCAUUGAUUCAGUUUAUUCCAUGGGUGAUAUCGCUCUUCAGUAGAGCCACAACUAACCGAAGACUCUGCAUUCAAAACCUGACAACAAUUGUCAUUCUAUGAAUGUUCCAAAGAAAUCGUGUACUUGGUGAAAGGAGUGUUAAUUUAAAUCAUGAAGAAUAUUGAUUAGGUCUCAUUAUCUGUACUCGUUGCGUAUUUACCCACCGAUAAUUGGCAGGGGUCUCUGUUGUGUGUCAUGGCUGGCUUACAGACAUUAGUGGUAAGGCUAAAUAAACAACGGAAUAUUCAGAGAAUUUCAAUCUAGUCACGAGUAGAAAAUUGUAAAAUCAAGCUGUUCUAACAGGAGAAUCGAAAAAUCAAUUUAAAGCGAGGGUGAAAAACUAGAGCCCAUAAUUGAAAUUCAUCACACUUUAUCAAUGACAUUAAGGACCAAAACGUCACACAUUCCCUCACAAAAAUAUGCCUUAUCGGAGAAGAACUUGAGAUGACCUUUUUCCUAAUAUCCAUACCUUUUCAUCAACCUUUAUUUAUUACAUUUUUCUCUUUGGACGGUGAUUGUAGUAAUGAAUUCCAAAUAUCAUUUUCUUUUUGCUCCGUUUUAUAUAAAAACGUCGCCAGAUUGUUACAUUUUUGUUUUCGUAAAUCGCAGUUAUUAAUCGUAUAAUUAAUUUUGUUCGAUAAUUCAUCUUUUAAAAAGAAAUCAAACAGUUCAUCCAAAGGUCCAUUUGUAUUUCUGAAUAUCCGAAUAUUGUUUGUGUAAGUUGGGAAACGAAACGACGCUUCAAGUUUAAUAUAUCUGGCAAUCCUCCAUGCAGUUCCUAUUAUUGGUCUUUAUCUGUAUUUGUCAUGUGCACACUUUUCCAUAGCGGUAACAUGUCAUUUUCUUUUAUAGAUUGAAAAGAGUUAGUUCAUUGGCUCAGACUAGAGCGUGCACCGUGUUCAUAUGUAUCUACGUUAGAUGUAAACAUACUAUUUCGCAAGAUUAGACAAGUAAUGGAGCCCAUAAUUUUUUCAUUGUCUUACUUGAGUUAUCCUUACAUGCAUUAUGUAUUACACACUGUUUCGUUUUUUACGAUUUAUUUUGGAUCCUCAAAUACACCUAAAGUCGUACUGACGUUACACUUAUCUGUAUAAGAUGUGAACGUACUGCUUCAUAUGCCUUUAUUUGCAAUCAAUUCCAUGGAUUGCAUGGAUUGUCAAACUUAAGUUGCCCUUACUUUGUCAUUAUUUGGAAGUACUGUUUCAAUAGUUAAGAGUCAUGGAGCCUCAGGUACACUGUACUUAUCUAUAUAAGAUAUGAACGUAUUUGCAUUUUAUGCUAAAGCAGUCUCACAUGAGUUUCCCUUUUUUUUUUAGAUUUUUAAGUUCAGUUUUAAUAGCUGUGAUUUAUCAAGAAGCAUCAAUUAGAUUUACUGUCACAACUCACCAUUAUCUGGGUUAGAUGUGGACUUACUGCUUCCCGUGCGUCUAAUGGACCCAUUUUAUAUAUUUUUUAGUAAAAAAAUGGUUAUCAUUCAAGCAAAUACCACUCUCGUUGGUAACUGAUUGCAGUUAAUGCCAAUUUAGUAAGGCAAUGUUUUUUUAUUGAAAAAUACCUGAAUACCCCCCCUCCCCCUUUAACACACAUAAUACUUUUAACCCUCCCAGCCCUCCUAGGAAUAUGUGAGUUUGAUUAAAUACUACCGUAACUUCGAUUUAUCUUCUUCACAAUUAUGAUGAAUGUUGCAUUAAAAAGCUAGGAAACAUUUCAGCUUGCUCCAGAAGAACACACACACUCACUUCGCAAAACAAAAACCCUCUUUGAACUUUGUUUCGUAUCAAAUGCCGUUGCAAAGUGUCCUUAUUAUUACAUUGUGAAUGAGACCUAACUUCUAGACAAGUCGAUUAGUACGAUAUUUUUUGUUAUGAGAAAUUCGCAAUUGCCGAAUUUUGAAAAUCCACCGCCCCCUCUCCUAGAAGAAUCUCAUUAAUGUAUUGUACGUAAGGAGACUGUAGCACCAUUUAACAUAUUACCUUGUUAAUGAUUGACUGAUUGCGAUCAAGACGACAGCUAUGGUCAAUCUACCUGAGUAUCGUUUCGUUUAUGCAAGUAAUCAGGAAGAUGAAUUUAUUUGAUUGUGUAACUCAAUUUAGAGAAACAAAUUCUGCAAUAAACGUCUUUGAAAUCUUUAUUACAAUAUUUAAAAACUCCUUUCCUUAAUUACCUUAAAAACUACACGUUUAUCAACUCAUUCGUAUCCAUAGGCUCCUAUUGUUCGUAGCCUAUAAUCUGUUAGUGUAUGUGUUAGUAACAUACACUGACUCCCCAUCUGCAAGUUUAUGUUUGAAUAUUAAAACACCGUUUGAAGUUAAUAGUUGCUUUGGCCGUUUGGUUAUGCAAUAUUUAAUUGUACCCACAUAAUAGCACACAAUUCAUUAAAUAUGCAAGCUUAAGGCCCCUUGACACAAUGCAUUACGAUUGGUCGCAUGGCUCAAGCUUACGCUUGACUGCAUUGGUAAUUAUGUGCAAUCGAUCGUAGAAAUGAAAUGUGCGAUCAAAUACUCAGCACUGUGCUACAGGGUACUGGAUGUAUUGCAAACAUAACGGUGUCUUAGACGUGGUUUCAAUUACUUAACGUACAUAAUAUAGCACGGGUAUGCUGUAUAAGGGCCUAUGCUUUAUUAAAUUAUCUUCACUAAUCAGUUGCUAAUUAAUGGCAAAGGGUAUUCUCAUUACUUUACCGGUUAUCUUGGGUAAUUAACAUCACAAGUGCUUUCUUUAAUAGGGAUAUGGGUCUCUCUCUCUCUCACACAAUGAUCACAUGUAAAUCUGCUUUUUCUUGAUCUCUCCCUCUAUCUCUCUGUCACUCUCUCUUCCUUCCUCUUUCUUUCUAUCUUUUCUAUCUACUUAUUUAUAUCUGGCUCUCUCACACCAUUCUCGCUCUCUCGAUGAUCAUGAUGAUAUCUGUCUUUUGAUCACUUCAAUUUCGUGUCAGUGUUAGGUCCCAAAAUCGAUCGUAAAUUAUGAAAUUGAAAUCUGAAAACGAUUGUAAAUAGGAUUAUUAUGUCUAUGUCUAUCUUUCCCUAGUUUUUUUUUCUCUCUCCCCUCUUUCGCUCUGAUAUUAUAAAGCAAUUCCCGAAUUUGAGUUAUAGAUACAGUGUGAAGUUAUCAAGACUCUUGCAAGAGUAACCCUUAUGAUUUUAAAGAUGUAUGUCACAAUCCUGGCUCUUGAGGUAGAACUGGCGAAUUUUUCAUGUUUUCCCCCUUUUCGGCCAGAAAUGUUGUUAUUCAUCAGGGAAACAAUAAAUUACGCACUUUGGGUUAUCAUUAUGAAAUAAGCCUGUAUACUAAACGCUUACUCUGAAUAGUAGAGUACAUGGAAGGUGGGAUGAGAACUGAAAUAAUUGCCAUUAAAUGAAAAAUCGUUGAAAAUCAUACCGCUUGAGUAGAAAGACGUCACCCUGUACGCGAGAUUUCCUGUCUAUAAGAACAUCGUUUUCAGUCAUCGAUAUCUUAUGAAAAAUUCAUGCCAUAAUGAAGAAUUGAUACCUUAAAACGGGGAUUUAAAGGUAGAUUGUAGUGGCUGGGGACUGGGAAGUCGUGAAUGACGUGUGGUUGGGAUAAAACUCAACUUGAAGGGGGAAAACAGAAACUCAAUUCACAAAUGAGAACUGGACGCUUGCCAAAGUUUUAUAACAGGAUUUCCACGCAGAUGAUUGUGAGGAUGCUGAGAAGGGAAGAUCUAGUUUUCUGUCUAAAUCCCUGCCGCAGGGUUUUGGAGGCAAUCGUAGGUUAUUCUAUUUUUACUGUUUUAUAAGAAUAUGUAAUUUGUACUUGAAAGUAGCUACCGGAAACACCAAGGGCGCCGAUUUAGGUAAUACCCAUUUACGCCACCUACUUUGUCCCCCUCCCACACUCCUUUCGCAUGUUCUUUUUUGAGAAACUACGGAUGUGAUUCUUCCCCAUUCUACGUAUUCUGAACACUACACAUUACAUAAAAAACUUGGAAUUUAAUAUUCCAUCCUUCCACAUAUGUGACCAGCCACCUCAAAUCCAACAAUAAAUCGCCGAAAGUGAAUUUUGAGAUUUUUAUUGAAUUUGAACAAGCAUACCCUAAGCUUUAAUACAAUAUAUGAUUUGUCAAACUUAAUCAAUUAUAACUCACUCAAAUGCUUGAUUGAAUGCAGAGAAAACAACACGAGAGCUUCAGAAAAUGAAGUUCAGGUCCACUCAAGCAUGAGAUGUUGCACACUUUGCAAUUUCAAUAAAACUUCCAAGCAGUCCACAAAAACUUGUGUCAAACAAACUCUUGUAUCUUGUUUUCUAUUCAACUUUACAACUCGACAGUUUAACAGUAUAACAAUUGCAGAAGUACUUCCUCCUCCCUCAGACAAGCUUGAAUUUUGGCUUUUUGAAGACCAAUUUACUAUUUUGGCUAUUAGCAGAGAACUUUCCAUGGCGACUUAUUGGUCUCUAUUGCUCAUGCACUGAAUAUGGUUUACACUGGUGACAGUUAUUGGUUCUAGGAAUAUAUUGAUUUGGCAAAAUGAACAUGCGACGAGAGUGUCUGUCUCCUAAAAUUGAUUUUGUUUUACAUUGAUUUUACUUCAAUCAUAUCGGUCAAAAAGCUAACCCACUUUCUUGCGAACUGUGUCCUAGAACUAUCGGAUGAGAUAGAGUCCAUCUUUCAUCGCGUCCUCUUGUUCGAGUUUCGAUUCAUGGCAAAGUGGCGUGACAACCAGUUUUUUAAAUUACAUGUAUCUCCAUUUUGAUGUUUGAAUCUGGCUUUUUAGUUAAUUGAUCACGUGUUAUUUUAGCAUGCAUGAAUGAUGAUGUACUAUAUAUGUCUGCAAUCUGGUAUUGUGCUAUUUUUACAUAUCAUGUAUGUAUGUUUCUUAGAUUUUGACAGCUUUGUAUCUAUUUCUUUAAAUGGAUUUAAUGAGGUGUAAAGAUUGAAAUUGUAUAAAGGCUAGAAUUAUCUUAUUUUUGCAUUGUUGAAUGUACAUAAAAAUAUACAGCACAAUUGUUGCUAAGAAUUGUUAUGAACAUUGCUAUCAUCUAUGAAUAAAUCUAUUCACUACGAU